AUGCACGUGCGCUCGCUGCGCGCCGCGGCGCCCUCCAGCUUCGUGGCGCUCUGGGUGCCCCUGCUCCUGCUGCGCGCCGCCCUGGCCGACUUCAGCCUGGACAACGAGGUGCACUCGAGCUUCAUACACCGGCGCCUCCGCAGCCAGGAGCGGCGGGAGAUGCAGCGCGAGAUCCUCUCCAUCUUGGGCUUGCCCCACCGCCCGCGCCCCCACCUCCAGGGCAAGCACAACUCGGCGCCCAUGUUCAUGUUGGACCUGUACAAUGCCAUGGCGGUGGAGGAGGGCGGCGGGUCCGACAGCCAGGGUUUCUCCUACCCCUACAAGGCAGUCUUCAGCACCCAGGGCCCCCCUCUGGCCAGCCUGCAAGAUAGCCACUUCCUCACUGACGCCGACAUGGUCAUGAGCUUCGUCAACCUCGUGGAACAUGACAAGGAGUUCUUCCAACCACGCUACCACCAUCGCGAGUUCCGAUUUGAUCUUUCCAAGAUCCCAGACGGAGAAGCCGUGACCGCGGCCGAAUUCCGGAUCUACAAGGACUACAUCCGGGAGCGCUUUGAUAACGAGACGUUCCGGAUCAGCGUUUACCAGGUGCUGCAGGAGCACUUGGCCAGGGAGUCCGACCUGUUCCUCCUGGACAGCCGUACCCUCUGGGCUUCAGAGGAGGGCUGGCUGGUAUUUGACAUCACCGCCACCAGCAACCACUGGGUGGUCAACCCGCGGCACAACCUGGGCCUGCAGCUCUCAGUGGAGACUCUGGAUGGGCAGAGCGUCAACCCCAAGCUGGCGGGUCUGAUCGGGCGGCAUGGGCCCCAGAACAAGCAGCCCUUCAUGGUGGCCUUCUUCAAGGCCACAGAAGUCCACCUUCGCAGCGUCCGCUCCGCUGGUGGCAAGCAGCGCAGCCAGAACCGCUCUAAGACACCCAAGAAUCAGGAGGCCCUGCGGAUGGCCAAUGUGGCAGAAAACAGCAGCAGUGACCAGAGGCAGGCCUGUAAGAAGCACGAGCUGUACGUCAGCUUCCGUGACCUGGGCUGGCAGGACUGGAUCAUCGCUCCCGAAGGCUAUGCCGCCUACUACUGCGAGGGGGAGUGUGCCUUUCCUCUGAACUCCUACAUGAACGCCACCAACCAUGCCAUCGUGCAGACACUGGUCCACUUCAUCAACCCCGAAACGGUGCCCAAGCCCUGCUGCGCCCCGACCCAGCUCAACGCCAUCUCGGUCCUCUACUUCGACGACAGCUCUAAUGUUAUCCUGAAGAAGUACAGAAACAUGGUGGUCCGGGCCUGUGGCUGUCACUAG